UCUCAGGCUUCUCUCUGGUUCUGCUCGGGGCCGCAAUACUCGCUACUCAUGCCGAAUCAUCGCCAAAUUUGUUUACAUAGCAAGACUAAGAUCAAAUCGAAUUAUAUAUAUCCGUUACGGUAAACAAAUCGAAACGAUAUUUCCCAAAGAGGAGCAGAGCACAUUCUCACAUAAAGGAGCUUUCAAACAAAGGAACUAAUAUAUUAACAGACGUUAAUUUGUGUAAAAAAAAUUUUUUUCAACGAUAAAUUAAUUUUAUACGUGAUCUAUCUAUAUAUAUAUAUAUAUAAAGUACGUUUCAGAAUGAUGAACUUUACUCUUGUCCCAUUUUUAUUGGGGGUCAACGCAAUCUUUCCACAAGGAAUGUUCAAUAAUGAGAGUUUUGGGUUACAUUAUAACUAUACUCUGACGAAAACCACUGUAGUAUACAGAGAACCCUUUCAAGUUAUAAAACUUUUUGCCUCAUUAUUAUGUCGUAACGAUGACGACUUUGAUUCUCUCUUUUGUUUUUUAUACAAUAUCAAAUAUGAGUCAUCUUUGAGAUACAAAACUCACACUGAGCCAACUGAUAUUAUACAAGAGGAUAUCAACUUCAAUUCGUCGUUUCGAAUUAAGUUUAAUGCGACUGGUGUAGAUAAAAUUUUCACAUGUGGAAGAAGUCCAAACAAAGAUAUUAUAAAAGAAAUUGGUAAUCUAUUUAACAUAGGUAAUGAGUUAAAGGUACAUAUAAAAGAAACACAUCCUCGCGUCUAUGGCCAACAAGAACGUAUUACAUUCGAUGUGCAAGAAACGAUAUCACUAGGCCAUUGCGAUACCUGUUAUAAUAUAAAGAUAGAAAAAGAGAAGAAUAAGGAGAUAAAAAAACUUCCUCAUUUCCAAGUUAUAUUUUUAGAGUUCAAAAACAAAGGCAAAAUAAGGGUAGAUCUUGAGAAGAAGAGAGUGAAAUGUAAUUAUUCAAGAGAAUUUACCACUUUCAUGAUGGGGAUGGAAAUGGCAGAACAUACCCAUUUAAUGAAAGUGUUCGAUGAUCGAUUUCAAAUUACCACCACAAGAAAUGUGCAGCUACCACUUGAUACAUACAAUUCUGACUAUAAACAUGUGUUUAGGGAAACAAUGCUACUAUAUCUAAAUAAUAUCAGUGUUUCAUCUACUAUUCCACUUUCUUCUACUGGGUGUGUAUGGACCAUCUUAUAAUAAUUAAAUAUAUCAAAUUUUAUAAACAUAAAUAAACAUAUUUUAUUUGAUA